UGCACAGCCAGCCACGCAGAGGAGUGAGAGAUCAGAUUCAGACGCAUUGUCAUUUGAAACACCCACGGGUUUGUCUUAUUUAAGUUAAAGACAAUAUAAAAUAAAGGGGAAUAUGCGUGUCAAGAAUAUAUAAAGAAAAGUGGAGGAAGCCGUAGGAGUUAAAAGAAGUCAGUGGACUUGUGAACCCUGAGAUACCCUGGCCCCUACAACCAUUUGAAUCAGCUGCAUCUAGUGUUGCAGUGUGAGGGAAGGUACCAGCUCAGAACAAAACUAGAUUGAGUGUUUGAGACCUGACAUUUACCCCGAAGUCAGCUGUGCUGUAGAAGAGCCGGUACUCCAGACAUUUCUUCCCAUGGAGGGCUUUCCUGUCCACUGACCCAGCUGGCUGUCCCUCCGGACCAGCAGCCAUGUCUGCCUGCAACACCUUCACUGAACACGUGUGGAAACCGGGCGAGUGCAAAAACUGCUUCAAGCCCAAAAGCCUCCACCGCUUACCCGAGAGCGGCCUGAGGAAGACCCAGACUGAGCAACGGCCAUCUCUCUCCCAGCAGCAGAACCAGCCCCUUGCCGGAGCUGGACCCAACGCAAACCUCACCAGCAGCUCACAUCGGGGGGGUCACAGCUCUGCACGCUCUGGACACUGUCGCCCCCCUGUAGCCAAGAAGCCAACCAUUGCUGUCAAGCCUACCAUGAUGCUUCCCUGCUCCUCAGCCGGUCUGGACUUGGAGGGAAAUAUCCACAGACCACCAGAUGCUGGAGAACCCGGAAAAACCUCUGCCUUCACGGUCUGGAACCGCAAUGGCUUGAACCGUAAAAGGCCCUGUGGGUCAAACAACAAUGAAGGGGAAAAUGCCAGGGAGGAGAUCGAGGGUUAUGUGCAGCUUAGCCGGCAUGCCCCCACUGGCAACAACAACAAUGGUCUGACAGACAUGCUAAAAGAGAUAGCCGGCCUGGGCCCUGGCCCCAGCCCCUGCCCUGGCUCCAAGGACCUGUUUUUUGGACGCAUUAGCAGCUCCUACAGGCGCUCCCUGGAGAGGGGCCUCCCAGCAUCCAGCUGUCUGGCCCUGGGUAGCAGCAGUGGAAGUGGAGGACCCCUUCAGAAACGAGUAUCCUUGAAUGACAGCACAGACGUCAUCAGCACUGAGGGAGGCCGCUUCUGCUACCCUGAGUUCUCAAGUGAAGGGGAGGAGGAUGACGAUGAAGAGGAGGAAGAGGAUGAUGAGAGCGAGGAGAAUGAUGAUGGGGAACAUGAGAGUUGGGACGAGAGUGACGAGGAGCUGCUGGCGGUGGAGAUCCGCAUGCGGGGACAGCCACGCUUUGCCAACUUCCGAGCUGCCACGCUGUCCCCGGUGCCCUUCGCAGCAGGCAAGAAGUGGAACACGGUGCCGCUGCGCAACCGCUCGCUGCAACGGAUCUGUGCUGUGGACUACGAUGACAGCUACGAUGAGAUUCUUAACGGAUACCCCUCCAUGGACUCAGGAGGACAUGGUCUUCUCCCUUAUGGUCCCGGUGAUCUGCAAGGCAGUGCCUUCCUAUCCAACUCUGAGUCCACCACUUCCCCUGAAUCCUCCUCAUCGCUUCCGGAAGACUCCAGAACUACUUCCAGCAGUGGUAGCAGUGCGCCCUCUGGCCUGAGAAAUGGCCUUCACUCUCCGUCCUCUUCCAAAGCACACAUGACCCGAGCUGCUGCUAGUGAGAAAGAACAAGCCCACAGAGCUCUUAGUCCAAUAAAGAUAACAGAGACACAUAAGGCUGUCCUAGCCAUCCGAUUGGAGGAGCAGGAAAGUAGGGAGGGGCCUAUGCCCCAGGCUCUUCCUGGUCAGCCUGUCACAAUCAGCUUCAGCCCAACGGAGGAACAAGCCAGACCUUAUCGUGUUGUAAACUUGGAGAAGCCUCUUAUCUGUAAGCCUUACACAGUUGUGGAUGUGUCUGCAUCCAUGACCCACAAAGAGGAACAUGCUCCAGACAGCACUCCCAAACUCAAGACUCACCGCAUUCCCACCAGUCCAGUGUCUUUACCCACCUCCCCCUUGGCCCGGCCUCUGUCUCCAGCCUCUGCAAUAUCCCCGACUUCCCCAUUCUCCCCAAGGUCUGUCCCACCUUCUGCGUUGGGAGGCAAUGCAUUCAAGAAAUCAGGGAACAUCCGCUACCAGGAGGUGUGGACCUCCAGCACUAGCCCUCGUCAGAAGAUCCCAAGAAUAGAUCAAGAAACGGGGGCUGGUCCUGUGGUCCCACCCCGACAGUGUAGCCACAAAUCGGCCCCCACCUCUCCCAUCUCCGGGCUGUCCUCCUCUCGGACAGUACCCGUGAAAUCCCCAAAUCUGUCUGAGAUCAAGUUCAACAGCUACAACAAUGCGGGAAUGCCACUUUUCCCUAUUAUCAUUCGUGAUGAGCCUGCAUAUGCACGCAGCUCCAAGAAUGCAGUCAAGGUGCCCAUUGUUAUCAACCCCAGUGCUUAUGACAACCUGGCUGUGUACAAGAGUUUUCUGGGGCUCAACGGUGAGCUACCCCAACCAAAGGGGGUCAGGGUGGCCAGCCACACCUAUGAGGAGAUUGGAUCUGUGGAGAGUGGCCAGGCCUCCCCAACAGAGAAGCUACCCAGCAGUAAAGCUGCGUUGGACAAAGUUGCUGUUGAAGACAGGAAAUCUGCUCCUGGGGCUGGCCUGAAUCCCCAGGUGGCCCACUCACUACUCACCACUCCAGACUGCAGCACUGUACCAAGCACGGACGCCUCUGCUGCCACAUGUUGUACUGCUCUCUCCACCAGUCUAACGGUCACUGCAAGCUUGCCCAAAAGCAGCCCCAAUGGGGGCACGUCCAGUAGGGAGGGCAGCACAGACUUCACUCUGUCCUCUGGAACUGGGACCGCCCAUCGGGAGAAGGCCAUCACGGUGCUCUCUCAGAUUGUGGCCUCCAUUCAGCCACCUCAGUCUCCCCCAGAACCCCCCUCAGCCCAGUCCAAAACCUGCAGCGUGGAUGAGCUCUACGCUCUUCCUCCAGAUGCUGCUAAGGAAACCCUUGACCGGCCAAAGUCUUUAUUUUCUACCACUGAUGGCGUUCUCUCCAAACCUAGGAAAGACACACCCUCAAAGCAACUUCCCAAAUCCCAAAGCGCCUCAGCAACUGUCACUUUGUCCAGCCCCAAGGCCGAGGCUAGCGCUCCCUUUCCCCCUCCCAGGUCCACUUCCUCUCCUUUCCAUGCCUCUAACAUCCUCCAGAGACACUUUGGCAACUGGACCAAGCCGGCAUCAAGCUCGCCCACAAGGCCCAGUGACGGAGAGACCAGCCCCGGUGGAGGAGAUGGCAGACGCUUAGGAGCUGAGAGCGCCAAACCCAAACGAUGGAUCUCUUUCAAGAGUUUCUUCCGUCGGCGAAAGGACGAGGAUGAGCAAAGGGAGAAGGCAGAGAGGGAGAAGGACAAGGGCAAGAUGGUGGGGCUGGAUGGAACUGUAAUACACAUGCUGCCUCCUCCUCCCAUCCAGCGCCACCACUGGUUCUCCGAAGCCAAGCCCGAUGACCCUAGCCAGAAGCCCACCAUCAUAUUCACCUACAAGCCAGACUGCAGUGCCUCCGGUGACGGGGAGGGUGAACUGCGGGUGGAGGAGUGCAGAGACACCCCAGUGUUGGCCCCGGAGGACAGCAUCGACACGAGGACACUGUCCCCACGGCAGAUAACCUCUCCACAUGCCCCAGGGAGUGGCCUCCCCAGACAAAUCAUCAGCGAGUUGCCAGGCAGAGCUAACGAAGGCACCAUGCCCACGGCCACCUCCCAGCUGGUCAAGCUGCUAGGCUCUGUGGGGGAGGCGUGUGCCCCGGCCAGCGAUGGCAGCGCCAGCGUAGGUGACCCAGAUGAUGACGGCUCACACUCACCCACCUCCAGCUCCUGCAGCGCCACCUACAGCAACAUGGGUCCGUCUCGAGCCAACAUGAUCCCCCUGAAGCAGCCCCGCAACAUGAAGAGCUCUUUUGACACCCUGGCGUCGCUCGACCUGGACGGCCCCCACGACCAGCACGUCCCCCAGGCCACCCCGCCUCCGCUGCCGAAGAAGUCUGUGCCCCGCUCCACCACGGAGCCCUCCAGCCUGGCCAUGCCGCAGGGUGCGCUGAAGCCCAAAGCUGAAGCCAAGCCUGGGGGCAGCAGCUUCAGUGUGGCCAACCCUCUCUACGACCUGGACGGUACCUGGGAGACCACCAGCCACAGCUCCUCUCUCAGCUCUGAGCCCCGCCCCCACGACCAGGAGAGCGGCGACUCCCUGGAGAGACCAGUCACCGGCGUCAACAAGGGCCGUCCGGCCAACAGCCUCUCGUGUCUGGUGUCAGCUCCCAGCGCGACCACGGGGAGGGAGCACAGGGGCUGCCGGAGUGCUGAGUCCCUGGCUGGCAGGGCCCGCACCACGGGCAGAGGGGCAGGGGCCAGAGGGAGCAGCAAGCCCCAGAGACAGGCGCUGUACAGGGGUAUGGACAGCUGGGAGGAGGUGGUGGGCAGGAUUCGAGGGCUGCACACAGACACUCUGCGUAAGCUGGCGGGGAAGUGUGAGGAUCGCUUCAUGGCCGGCUUGAAAGACCACCUGCGCUUUGGGAACGACAGCUGGUCACACUUCCGCCUCACCACAGGAAGGCCCUGCUGCGAGGCCGGGGACGCCGUGUACUACACAGCCUCCUACGCCAAGGACCCACUGGUCACCUACGCCAUCAAGAUCUGUCGCAGUAAAGUGAAGGAGACCCAGCAGCAGUUCUUCCACAGUCUGGCUGUGAGACAGAGUUUGGCCCUGCACUUCAACAUCCAGCAGGACUGUGGACACUUCCUGGCUGACGUGCCAGCCCGCCUGCUACCCUGGGAGGAAGAAGAAGAAGAGGAGGAGGAGGAGGAGGACGGGGGCGAGGAAGAAGAACAGAAAACGAAAAACAAGGAGACAAAGACUGAGAAAGUUGGUGAAAGCAACACAACGUCCUCAAACACAACCCACAACGGCCAAUCAGAGGAAAGUCAUGCGAUGAGUCACAUGGGCACUACGGGGCAGUUAAGAAGUCGAGUGGUGGUCAUCACCCGCGAGGUCCCCUUCCAGACUGUUGCCGACUUCGUCCAGGAGGGCCAGGUGCGUCACGCCAGGAACCCAGACCUGUACGAGCGGCAGGUGUGUCUGCUGCUGUUGCAGCUGUGCUCCGGCCUGGAACACAUGAAGCCCUACCAUGUGACCCACUGUGACCUGCGUCUGGAGAACCUGCUGCUGGUGCACUGUCAGCCUGGGGACCCUCGAAACCAGGGCAAGGUGGAGGCCAACAACAAUGCUGCCCCCUCUGGGACUGGCCUGACUACUGCCCCUUCAGCCCCCUCUGGGACUGGCCUGACUACUGCCCCUUCAGCCUCCUCUGUCGCCGCUAACUCCACCUGCCCCGCUCGUCUCAUUAUCAGUAACUUCUCUCAGGCCAAACAGAAGACCCCCCUGGUGGUGGAUCCCGGCGCCCUCCGCAACCAGUCACGUCUAGCGCCUGAGAUCGUCACGGCAACGCAAUACCGCAAAUGCGAUGAGUUCCAGACCGGCAUCCUCAUCUACGAGAUGCUGCACCGCCCCAACCCCUUCGAAGAGACGCCUGACCUGAAGGAGAGGGAGUACACCUGGGCUGACCUACCGCCGCUGCCCCUGCGCUCGCUGUACUCCCAGGGGCUCCAGCAGCUGGCCAGCCUCCUGCUGACCGUCAACCCCUCCGAGAGGAUCCAGAUGGCCGAGGCCCGGGCCUGCCUGCAGUGUCUGCUCUGGGGGCCCCGUGAGGACCUGUUCCAGGUGCUCAACACCGCCCCAGCGCCGGAAGCCAACCCCAGCCAGUGUGAGUCCACGCUCCAAAACUGGCUGGACCUGAAGCGGACGCUGAUGAUGAUUAAGUUUGCAGAGCGUUCCCUGGACUCUGGGUGUGGAGUGAGCCUGGAGGACUGGCUGUGCUGCCAGUACCUGGCCUUCGCUAGCACGGACUCACUCAGCAGGGUGGUGCACAUCCUCCAGCAGACCCAGGCCCAGCCUCAGAGCCAGGCCCAGCCUCAGAGCCAGGCCCAGCCUCAGAGCCAGGCCCAGCCUCAGAGCCAGGCCCAGCCUCAGAGCCAGGCCCAGCCUCAGAGCCAGGCCCAGCCUCAGAGCCAGGCCCAGCCUCAGAGCCAGGCCCAACAUCAGACCCAUACUUGUCAUGUGACCCAGGCCCAGCCUCUUUGAGAACCACAAUUCAGCCUACCUACACCAACGCCAAGUCUCUCUUUAAAGAGACCUGACCCCAUCUCCUGUUCUUCACUGAUGCGAAUGUACGAUACCAGUAAACUUUCGCCUCUUUGUCAGCAUUCACUGUUCUUAGUAUGGUCAGAUCAGACACACUGUCCUGGGGAGAGAAACACUACUCUGCAUCUGCUUGGGCCAACGAUAGAUGGAUGUAUCUCAAUGAACUUAAAAGAGCAACCAUAAGGAGUAAGGUUACAUAAAAACUCUAGAGUGACCAUGGCAACAGGUCACAAGCUGUAGUUGGUAUCAGUGCCCUUCCACCAUGUGACUAAUUGGUCCCAAAAAGUUCAAAGUCAUUCAGUAGUGGAUGAUGUCAUGAAUCUCGACAAUCGUGUGUGUGUGUGUGUGCUUGGAAGCAGUUGACUUGAGGAAGGAUGGGAGCUCUGGAAAGAUCACUUUGAAUAUCCUUGUGUGACACACUCUUUAGAAAUAAUUUCUGAAAGACAGGAAAUAUUCUACCUGUUUAAAUGUCAGAGAGCAAGAGCACUGUUUUGCACGUUAACAUCUCAAUAUCUAACAGUGUCAAUGCACAGUAAUGUUCUGCUUUGACAUUUUGGAAGCAUCUCUGAGCAGUUAACUUUACUGAUAGUUUACAAGUAUUACGGAUAGGAAACUAUCCUACGAAUUCUUUCAGUUUUCAGUGAUUCCCAGAGCGUGUGUGAGUGGAGCUUCAGGCUGACGGUGCCCACAUGGAUGAGGGCUGACGGAGUAUAAACUGGGGGGACAUUUGUCCAACACACCUUGCACUCUUGGUUGGGUAGGUUGAACUAAAUGCCCAAAAGAUUUUAGAUUUUCUAUUGCAUUUACUGUAUACAUUUAUAGAGUUCUACACCACCAAAAGUUAAUUAAUCUUAACCUUACAUAACUUUUGAGCACUGAAAACUGGAGUGGACAAAAACAUGCCCUUACUUCCUCAGAUAAUCUAUAAGAGUAGGGUAUAGCUCAGUGGUUAGAGCAUUUGACUCCAGAUCAACAGGUUUCAGGUUCAGAAACCCCCCAUGUGCUGUAUAUCGGUUUAGAUAAAAGCAUCUGCUAAAAGACAUUAUAUUUGUACCAUUAGUGUCAUGCAAAUGUUUGUCACCAAAGAUGUGUCCUCAGGUCUCUUAAAAAAAAUACACAAAAUUAAGUGAUAUAGAGAUGACGGCAUUGAAAUAUUUUUAACAGAAGUAAUCAUUUAAUUAACUUGUUGGAUAGAGAAUUAUCAUUCAAGUGUCCUUACUGAGCUUGUUCAAAAAUCACUUUGCUGUGGAAUCCAAAAAACGCACGGCUGACCAUUUUGCUUAAUGCAGUCAUCAGAACAGGAUUUGGGCUCAGUGGCACCAAACUAUAUAACGCAUCACGUGUUGGGUGAACACGCACUCCUUUUGUAUUUUUCUUUGGAUUCGUGCAAUUAUUAAAAUGUCAACAAAAAAAAUUAUAAAUGAGCUUAUAACCCAUAAACAUCACAGUAUUUUAAACAUGUAUGUUUUCUUUGUCACAAUAUGCGACUUUGUUUCACAUAUUCUCUUCUAUGUAUUUUGUGGCACAUACUAUGACUGAACUGAAGAUGAGGAUCGUGUUUCAUAUUUUAAGAACAAUUUGUAGUCUGGAACUAAGACUAAAUUAUCACAGCGGUAGGGGAGCUGGUAGUACAUUUCAAGGGACUGCACAAUCGAACAUUUGUACUUUUAGUUUGUACUUUCUUGAAUUGUUCAUCGUUGGAAAAGUUGGGUCGUCAAUGCCCUUCACUCAUUCAGUGAACAGAACUGUACAAUGCUCCUAGAUGAGCUUGAAACUGGAGGUGGAUGACGUGACACAUGAAGAGUUAGCAGCCAGCCUUGGUGAAACAACUGGUUGUCGAAUGGCUCAUCAACAUUUGGAAUGUAGCAGAAUGCACCUGGACUGGGGGGAACAGGUCUGAGUCUGGGUCUUUUCUAACCAUUAUUCACUCUUUUGAGCUUAUCUUUUUGGUCAACCACUACACUUCACUCAGAAGCCCCAGAUCAGUGUAAAAUAGUAGAACAACCACUGCCUUAAAACCCUGCUUGACCAUCCACCUUCAACCCUCCUGCUAUGACGUGCUGAUGAUGUGUUCUGCUUGAAGACCAUCCACCUUCAACCCUCCUGCUAUGACGUGCUGAUGAUGUGUUCUGCUUGAAGACCAUCCACCUUCAACCCUCCUGCUAUGACGUGCUGAUGAUGUGUUGUGAUAUUGACUUGGCUGUUACUGGUAGACACCCCUGCCCAGCUUCAUCACAAGUGUCCUCCUACAGUGAGCAGACCCUCCCAGCUUCAUCACAAGUGUCCUCCUACAGCGAGCAGACCCUCCCGGCUUCAUCACAAGCGCAUGCAGCUUCAGACUCAUUCUAGCUGAACAAACGAGCUCACCGUGGACUCAGUCUUCCCUCCCUGGAAUCAAUAUUGCCGAUUUGAUCAAUGUUUGCAGGUCGUCGUUAGCUAGUAAGGGAACAGUAUAGAACAGAGACCAUCUUGUUUUGCACACACACAAUUAAAUAAAGCAUUUGAGUAAAUGCAUCGGCAACUUGAACUAUCUUGUUACAUUUGUUUUCAUUAUGUGUAAUACUGUGUUUAACAAACCAUUCAAAGUCGAUAGGUAUGAUUUUUUAUUUUCUUUAUCAGACGGAAAUCGGGAUUAAUCAUCCUGCAGUUUUAUUAACCAUUACAAACUGUUGUAUUUCAGUAUCUUAGCAAUUAUUUUUGUUAUAACCAAACUCUAUUGCAGCCACUCUAUCCAGUCAGAGUGCAAGCUGCAUUUCAGAAGAGCCCCGCUAGUAGUUCAAUGCAGCCAUUGGAAUGAAUGGAGACAGACAUGUGUAGGUCUGUGGCUGUAAUAUGGUCAGUGUACAGUGGCUGUAAUAUGGUCAGUGUACAGUGGCUGUAAUAUGUGUACAGGUGUGUGGAAUGGGGACUGCACUGGGGGCCGUCCUCACCCAGAGUCAACAUUUAUGUUGAGUCUAAUCUGAUCUCGUCUAUUUUAGCCCACAUUUCUUUCUGAAUACAGUGCACCUCUAUCUGUACGCUUUAGGGAGACUAUCGUCUUUGUUGUUAAAAGAAGGCUUCACUAGACUGUGGUCUAAUUUACCGUGCGAAACAGUAUGGAGGGGUGUCUGAUCUCUGGCCUGAUUAAGAUUAAAAUACUGUGUUAUUUUCACCUUUAGGGGAGGAAAUGUGUUAGUGUACAGAUCUAUGUACAGUAUUUUCCCUCCUCUUGUAAAUGAUGAUGGUAAUAACAAGGAGUGAAACCACUUUGGGAGGAUGAGUUCCAAUAGGUGUCAUUCAUGGUUAGUAAUUACCAGCAGUCCAAUUUGCUGUGGUGUCAUUGCAUUGUGACAGAUGAGCUCAUUUGGCUUUCUAUAUAUGUGUAUAUCUUUCAUUAACCGAUGGUAAAAGAACAAUAAAUAUAUGUUUUUAUAAAAAAAAAAA